UAGAAUUGUUCAUAAAUGUUAACUGUGAAAGAGAAUUUCAUUAUAUCCUGAAAAAACAUAAGGAUAGUCUCAUUUGUGCAGAAAUUUACAAUGAGUUCAGUGGGUCAUGUACGGCGCUGGACCAUUUGUUCACUAGAAUCAAACUGGACUGGAGCGAUGGCAAAAUGGUUUUACUCAAAGUUUUGGCGGAUGAAAUCGAGAGUUUCAAACGAUUUAGAGAGAAAAGUGAACCGAUCUAUAUUUUUAUACAUCGAAAUAAAAUAACGAAACUCCUUCGAGGUGUGAAUGCGAUCAAGCUAGGAGAAAUAGCGAGGAAAGAAUUGGAAUAUCAUAGGAGAGUGCAAGCGGGCGAAGAGAUAGACAGACAGACGUUCGACUUGGAUGAGGCUACGCCUGAGGAGCUGGAGUGGAAGCAAGAGAUUAUAAAAGAGCGAGAGAACGAGAUUAAAUCAUAUGAAGCAAUAAGAGCUGUGCAGCAUGAUUUGCGCAAACGCCGCCGCGCAGAGCUGAUGGUGCCGCACCUCCAAAACCUGAACUUCGUGCUUUUCUGGCCACAGUCCAGGCAUGCGCACUUUGAACUGUACGAGCGAUGGGACUUGAACAAUAUCAUAAUGGUUGGCCGCGAAGAGUUACAACUUGACGAGUAUAAAGCCAGAGACAUCCUGUACAAUGGCGAUGCACCAAUCAACGAAGCUUCUAUGUAUGCUCUACUCGCGGCCCCUGCCUUGGCCAUCUGUUUCAGAUGUCUGGACGAUGACGUUAAUUUUACCACUUUAGUCCGUAAAAUCCUCUACGAAUACAUAGAACCGCUGGACCCAGCCAAACCCAUGAGCGACCAACCUAUCCAGAAGACUGCCUUCAACCACUACAAAUCCAACAGUCUGACGAGGGAACAGAUUUGGCAGAAACGACGUGAAGACAGACAGAAACAGAAGGAAGAAGCGAUAGAACGGCGCGCUCGACGCUUGUCAGAAAUGCAGCGGCUUGCUCGGCAGGCGAUAGAACAAGUCUUGGAGUCCCGGAGGCUCGCUAAAGAACAGCAGAAGUUGCACUUAUUGAAGAUCGGGGAUCUUGAUGGCCUUGAAAAACUGAAAGCAGAGCCUGAUGAUGAAAAAGUGGAUAUAGAAAUACCAGAGGAGUUACCCGAUGAUGAAGAAGAGAUUGACACGGAGGUGGUUGAGGAUGAAAACGAGUACUUUCCCCCGCCCGGGUUACUGAUACCUGGGUUCUACGCGCCACCCAACGAAAUCGCUAAGGCGAAUGGCCUGCAUAUAUUGUUUCCUAAACUGGUGUCGGAGCGAGUGGAGCCAGAACCGGAGUUCUUACCACCCCACGUGGUCGCCAUGUUAGAAAUCAGAAAGCGGUAUAAAGCCAUCGCCGCGCUGACUCCGCGGAGACAAGCUGUUAUACACAUGGGAAUAUUCAAAGCUACGGGACCGUACGACGCUGUACACAUAGCCUACAGUGUGGCGCAAUAUGACGAAAUCAAAGAACAAUUUGAUGAAGAUUCAAUAAUGAUAGCCUUCAUGUUGUCACUAAAGUCGGACUUGGCGCUGCUUGAGCUGAUGGAUCUAACCCCGGCCCAUGUGAGCCGAGACGAACUUGCCGGCGAGAUAGAGGCGACCCGAUUGUUCCCGGUCUACUACUGCGAUUCUAGGGAGUUCGAAGACUUUGAACCGACAGCUAAUUCGUAGAUAUUUCUAUUGUUGCCUUUUUAAUAUAAUAAAGUGUUGCUAUAAUAUAAUUUAGAAAGA